UCUCACUGAGCUCGUCCCGAUUUGACGACAGACUUCUACGUCCACGGUCACCAGUCCCGUCCGAAGUGUAUCCGCCCCCGGCACCUCCCCUGGUGCCCUUCGCCAUGCCUAGAGCAAGUGAGAGUCCAAUUUCUAGGCACGCUGGCAGUGGCAACCAUAAGCCGUAUCAGCCACAGUUACACACGACUUCACAUCACACCGGCAGGUCAGGACCUCCCACCCCGGCCGAUUCCAAUGGCAAAGAGCACUCUCUCGACCAAUUUCCUCGACCGCCGCAGACCAGAAUGCUCUCUCCACCGGGUUCUGUCGCAUCUUACAGCAUAGGUGUGCCAACGACAUUGGGACAGCAUGCCUUGGCACAACUGCAGACUCCUUCCGCUGACAGGAGCGAUGUUCUCGAGACGGAACUCGACACCGUAGACGAUCCGGAGUCGUGGAACGUCAUCAAGCCAAAUAUAAGAACCGAGGAGCAGUGGGAUAAUGAGUUGUAUUCACUCGAGAAACGAGCACAGCAGUUGUACAGUGCAGAGCACUUGCACAUCCUCCUUGAAGACACUGACUUUCAUUCAAAAUUUUCAACAUUCUUGCGUAGAUACCGUCCGUGGAGAUUGCCGAUCUUGGUCUACUAUUGGGACGCAUGCAAAGCAAUUCGCGCGCUCAACUACGCCAACUCUCUAGCUCAGUCGCUUUCAAGUGGUGGUGGCUACGAGGGCUGCCCACAGCCUCCCGGCAGUGCGGCAAAUGCGCAACUCCAGCAUGCCGCAACUCAUGCCUUCCAAGAACUCCUCGGCGAUGAUCUACACUGGUACAUCGCACUCACCUACAUUGGCAUCGUUGGUGCAGUCAUGCAGAGUCGAAUCAUGAACACACUGCCCGCGCCUCUCCGAGAAACAAGUCAAGGCCUCGCGGAAGUCUUUUGCAUCACCGACCCGACACGACGAGACAAUCCAAUCAUCCUAGCAUCCCCAGCCUUCACGCGUCACUCCGGAUGUCCAAUGGACUACAUCCUCGGGCGCAAUUGUCGUUUCAUGCAAGGGCCGGGUACAACGAUCGAUUCCUGUCGUCGUUUCGCAAUCUCAAUUGAGAAGGGCGAGGAUCAUUCUGAAAUUUUCGUGAAUUAUCGAAGGGAUGGUAGUCCAUUUCUCAGUCUGGUCAUGAAUGCUCAUUUGAUUGAUAGCCGUGGCAAACUCCGCUACUUCCUCGGCGCCCAAGUCGACGUCUCCGGCCUCCUCAAAAAUUGCAGCGGUCUCGACAGCCUGACUCGCCUCGUUGAACGGCAGCGUCAAAAAGAAGAAGAAAGCGGUCCAGCGCGCUCCGACUCGGCAGAUCCAAUCAAACCUCUAUCGGAAAUGUUGAAUGGCAGAGAACUCAACACAAUCUCCAAAUUCGGGGGCGUGCUUCAAAGACGCGCUGACCAUAAGCUUCAAGCCGAGACGUCGCCGUCGAAAGCUAUGGGGCCUGGAAGAGUUUUGCUCGCGGAUGAGGAUUUGGAACGUGAGGAACAAGUAGUAGAAGAGAAAGAGGACGAGAGUACGAUUCCUGCGGAACUGCCUUUGACGGAACUGAAUUUGAGGGGCGUUUAUAAAUACUACCUCCUCGUCCGGCCCUAUCCCUCUCUACGAGUGCUGUUCGCUUCCCCAACCCUUCGCGUGCCCGGGGUGUUGCAAUCGCAAUUCCUACAUCGUAUCGGGGGCACAAGAAUGCGACAGGACCUCCACGCGGCGCUUCAGGAUGCCAAGGUGGUGACUGCGAAGGUGAGGUGGUUGAGGAGUUUAAGUGAGGAUGGAGAGAGUGGGGAGAGUACUAUUCGAUGGAUUCACUGCACGCCGUUGAUGCACCACACGGGGAAUGUUGGGCUUUGGAUGGUUGUGGUGGUGGUACCGCAAGGUGGGGAGAAUGUUGCUAGUCAGUCGAGUAGGGUGGCGAGUCGACUGGCUAGUCGGAGUGAUGACGAUGGGAUUGUUCGAGGCAGGCAGAGGAUUAGUGCGAGGCAUGGGCCGAUGUGAGCGGAUUUCAUUUGUUCUGCCUGGGGGGGUCGAUCUCAGGCAUGCAGGUAGCGAGGAGGGCACAGGAUGGAUGCUCGUGCUGUACUUUGGGCACCAAGAGUAUAAUAACAAUAUGGUUC